UCAAAGAAAUAAAAUUUUCAAAAAUGAGCGAUUUGCAUUAGAGGAAGGAGACCCUGGAGCUGUCCACGUGGAUGGACACAUGGAGUUUGAUGCUGAAGAUGAAAAAAAAAGUUAUUAUUUUAUUGCACAUGCGUUGGGAGAAGUGAUAGACAAGCAACCAAGCAUGCUUACGGGAGGCCGUCUAAAGCCUUACCAAAUGCAAGGUUUAGAGUGGCUUGUUUCCAUAUUUAACAAUAACUUAAACGGAGUUCUUGCAGAUGAAAUGGGUUUAGGCAAAACAAUACAAAGUAUUGCGCUAAUUUGUUAUCUCGUGGAGCAUAAAAAGUUUAACUAUCCCUUUCUCAUUUUGGUUCCUUUAUCAACGCUCACCAAUUGGAGUUUAGAGUUUCAAAAAUGGUCGCCCACUUUGAGAAUUUUAAGAUAUAAAGGAAACAAAUCUGAAAGAAUAAAAUUAAGGGAAAAACUAAAAGAAGGAAACUUUGAUGUUUGCUUGACGACGUACGAAAUGUGUAUAAACAAAGAAGAUAAAUCGACUCUCUCGAAAGUUCCUUUUCGUUAUCUUAUAAUUGAUGAAGGGCAUCGUUUGAAGAAUGCCGAUUCCAAACUCGCGACUACGCUUAAAAAUGAUUAUAAAAUUCAUCAUCGCCUUUUACUGACUGGAACGCCCCUUCAGAAUAAUUUACCCGAACUUUGGGGAUUAAUGAACUUUUUGCUUCCGGAUAUUUUCAAGAGUUGCGAUACGUUUGAGGAUUGGUUCAAUCGUCCAUUCCAGUCUCUCGGAGAAAAAACAGAACUAAGCAAGGAAGAAACAAUGCUUGUUAUAAGAGGACUACACAAAGUCCUUCGUCCUUUUAUUCUUCGACGAAUGAAAAGCGAAGUUUUAUUGCAACUUCCCCAGAAGACCACUCAUAUUUUAAAGAUACAAAUGUCUCCUUUACAGAAGCAAAUUUAUUCGCAGAUAAAGCAGCGAAUCCUCGUGACGGGCUCUGCUUUUAAAGCGAAGGCCAGAUUCCUCAACAACACGAUGGUGCAACUGCGAAAAGUUUGCAAUCAUCCGUUUUUAUUCGAGGAGGUCGAAAGUCACGUGAAUCCUUCUAAACAGACCAAUGAUUUUAUUUAUAAAGUAUCGGCGAAGUUUGAACUGUUGGAUAGAAUUUUUGCAAAAAUGAGGGCGACUGGCCAUCGAGUGCUAUUAUUUUCACAAAUGACGUCAUUAUUAACUUUGCUAGAGGACUUCAUGUUUUAUAGGGGGUACAAAUAUAUACGCUUGGACGGCCAGACAACCUCUCAGGAACGCGGUGAUUUGUUGGAUAUCUUUAACCGCGAGAAUAGCGAUUAUCUUGUCUUCAUAUUAAGCACUCGAGCCGGCGGGCUCGGUUUGAACCUGCAGGCCGCCGACACCGUCAUCAUCUUUGACUGUGAUUGGAACCCUCAUCAGGACAUGCAGGCGGAGGACAGGGCUCACCGAAUUGGCCAGAAGCGAGAGGUCCGCGUCCUAAAGUUUGUGACAACCAAUUCGAUUGAGGAAUAUAUUCUUGAUACGGCCACGAGGAAGCUUAAUAUGGACGCUAAAGUGAUCCAGGCCGGACGUUUCGACCAGAAAACCAGCGCAGACGAACGGCGGAAAAUGCUGGAAAUCAUGCUAAAGGAAGAAGAAGAACAAGAAGACUUGAAAGACAACAGCGCUCAUUCACUGGAAGAAGUUAACGAGAUGCUCGCAAGAACCGAAGAAGAAAUGAAAAUUUUUGAAGAAAUUGAUAGAAAGUUAAUAAUGGAAGCCGGAGGAUCUUUUGAAAACCGUUUAAUACUUCCUAGCGAAAUACCGAAAAUUUAUGAAGAUACUUUUCUUAGUUUUCUUCAAGCACAGGAGAUGGAGGUGGUCUCUGAAAAUCUUGGUCGCGGGCGCAGAGAAAAAGCUCUUCAUUAUAAUAAUAAUUAUUUUGCGGAAGCAGACUUUGACCGAGCAAUCCGCAAAACCGAAUGAAGUUUACAGUAAAGAUAGAAAUUCUCGGCAGCUCUCUUUUUCUGCUCCGCGCAAUCGUGAUUUUAUUGAACAAAAAAUAAAAAAAUUUAAAUCUGAAACAACGUCAAUGGCAAGUCACGUGGUUCCUAAUAGCUUGAAACGAACGUUCCGGAAAAUCUUUAAAUCCAUUAAAAACUUGAAAGUUGACAAUCGACUUGUUUGUGGUCUAUUUCUUCAUCUUCCCAAGCCAACAGAAUAUCCCGAUUAUUAUUUUGUUAUUGAGCGUUUGAUGGACUUGAAAACUAUAAAAACUCGUAUUGAAAAUAAUAAGUACAAGUCCUUAAAAGAUUUUGAAAAAGAUAUUGAACUUCUUGUUUCUAACGCUCAUCUAUACAAUUCUGAUGAUUCGCUUGUAUAUAAUGACGCCACGCUUAUAUUGAAUAAAUUUAGAGAAUUAAAAUCAGCGUUUGGGAAACGUCGAAAAGGAGGGAAUGAAAAUUCUUUUACUUCAGAAGAAAAAAGAUUUAAAAAAAACGAAAAUCAGUUUAAAAAAGAAGAACUUGGAAUAUAGUGAACUCUUAAAAAUUAUGUUUCAAAAUCUAAAG